UCGGAGAACCAGUCCAGCAGAGGCUCAGUCAUGAUUUACCUGCUGAUCACCGCUGCUUUCAUCGCAGCUCUUUAUGUUGUUUUGGUGGAGACGCUGUUUAAGAAAUCCAAAUGUAAUGGAUCGGCUGACAUGACCGGGAAGACCGCCAUUAUUACAGGCGGGAAUACGGGUAUUGGUAAGGCCACGGCUCUGGAUCUUGCUGGCCGUGGAAUGAGAGUGAUUCUGGCCUGUAGAAACCAGAAGAAAGCCGAAGCAGCUAUAAAUGACAUUAAAAAGGCCACAGGAAGUGAUGAUGUCUUGUUUAUGGAACUGGAUCUUGGAAGUCUCAAAUCUGUGCGAGCUUUUGUUGAGACUUUCCUCAAAUCUGAGUCCAGACUGGAUCUGCUUAUCAAUAAUGCAGGUCUUGUGGCGGAUGGUCGAACCGAGGAUGGAUUUGGCAUCGAGUUUGGCGUCAACCAUCUUGGCCAUUUCUUGCUCACAUGUCUUCUGCUGGAUCGCCUAAAGGAGAGUCCCGCCUCUCGGGUCAUCACUCUGUCCUCCAUGGCUUAUCGCUGGGGCAGGAUUGAUUUCGAUUCUCUUAUCACCACCAAAGACCUGGGCUCGGGGAGAUACAGCUGGCAGUUUUUCCAGGCCUACUGCAACAGCAAACUCUGCAACGUCCUCUUCACUCACGAAUUGGCUAAGAGACUGAAAGGCACAAGCGUCACCUGCUACAGCGUUCAUCCAGGUGUCGUAAAGACCGAACUAUCCCGCAAUGUGAGUCUCUGGCAGAAAGUGUUCAUCGAGCCCGUGGCCCGACUGCUGUUUCUUGACCCCAAAACCGGAGCCCAGACUACGCUACACUGCGCCGUUCAGGAAGGAAUCGAGCAUUUCAGUGGCCGCUAUUUCUCAUGCUGUGCUGUGGAGGAAGUCGGCGCCAAGGCCAAAGAUGAUGCUGUGGCCAGAAAGCUUUGGCAGAUCAGCGAGCGACUGAGCGGCCUUUCCUAAAGCCAGAACAACUGAUGCAUUUCUGGUGUCUGUGAACUUAUUUUACCUCUUGAGGAGAAAAAAAAAAACGCAAGGAUGAAGUGAUGAAACUGAUUGUUGUGUGCUUUUUUUGUAUAUGGACACACAAUGUUUACAAUGUUGUUGUUUUGUUUUAUUUGUAUGUUUACAUUAAAUGCUGUUGUUUUUUUACUAUAUUAAAGUAUGUAACGGAAUCAGCAGUUUCUUUGUUUCUUUAUGAAAAAUGUCAUUAUAUUUGAUAUGAAGUCAAACGUGAACAAUCUGGUAAUAUUUAUGCCAAUCGUAAACAGGAGACUGUCACUUCAGUUCUGAUUUUGUGCAUUUUUUUGAUCAGUAUUUAAUUACCUUCCAUUGUUGAAUGAAAAUGUUCUUCAUGGAAUGACUGAUACCAAUAAAGAGCAUUUCUUUUUAA